CCGAUGGUGUCAAAACUCGCUUGUAUAUUUAACAGUCGCAAUAGUAUGCGAUUAAAUUUUUUUUAGGAAGUUCAUAGAAAAACGGAUAUAAACACUCAACAAAUUAGAUACAGAUUAUUCAUUAUCUGUGAUAGACAACGAGGACUUCUCAUAUCAUUUUUAGUUUGGUUUGGGAUCGUGAUCAGUCCGAUAGAGGGGACCGCGGACCGCAGCGUAGCCGAGAGACCGGACAGAUCAUCGAGUUCGGGGGGCCACAAGGCAAGAAGGCAGACACACCACUCACCUACCACCUCCCAUUACUAACCGUGUAGAGACUGGGUACCAACAAACCAUCGCACCGUAUACCUGUCGAGCCGAGCCGUGUGUCGUGAUGUUUAGAAAUUGAUUUCUCAUUUCAUUUCAGAAAAAUUAGUAUUUAGUCGCAGUGAUGUCGAACCAAAAAUCGCGUUUGUGCCACAUACAGAAAUGGGAGAACUUCGAUGGGUACGGGUUCAAUCUGCACGCCGAAAAGGGCAAACCAGGACAAUACAUCGGCAAGGUGGACGAUGGAUCUCCCGCUGAAGCGGCUGGCCUAAGACAAGGCGACAGAAUCUUGGAAGUUAACGGCGAAAGCAUCGCCAACAAAACGCAUAAACAAGUCGUGGAAUUGAUCAAAUCCCAAACGGGCGAAACUAAAAUACUGGUGGUCGAUCCCGAUGAAGACGGCAUUAUCCCUACCGAAGUUAAAAAUAACGAAAAGCACGAGAUGUCGAAGAAGGAACAACAAGAAAACGGCCAGUUGAAUCUCAGCAUGACCGCUGCCGAACUCAGAGCCAAAUUGGCGGCCAAAAAAAAGUUCGAUCCGAAGAAAGAAGCCAUGGAUUUUAAGCAAAAAUUCGAUAUCGUGCAAAAACUCUAAAAAGUGAAUCUCUCGAAAUGAAAUAAAAAGGAUACAUUCUUGUGGAAGGACAGCGUGACCUUGCUUGUCUAUUAGCAUACAGGUGUUAUAUAAAUAAUGUGACUUGUGCAUCUGAGGUUGCUGUUGCAAGCGGAACUGAGGAUUUUGAAACUAAUAUUGUUCAAAACAUAAGUUUUUAAAUAUGUAUAAUAAUCAAUAAUUAAUCGCGUAAAAUAGGUAAGCUGUUUUUUAAUGAAUUUGAAUGGAAUAUAUGCAAUAAAAUUGUGUUCUUGAACAAUUAUUGGUUCACAGCAAUCAUUUCUAUAAUCAUUAAAAAAACAGGUUGUUAUUUACGGUUUUUUGCGAUUUAAUUCAACCAGAGUUGUAUAAUAUUCAUAAUAAAUAUUCUAGGAAUUAUUACAUUCAUAACUGAACACCUCAUCGUCAACCACAUGGGUUGUUUUUAGACCAAAACCACAUUUUUGAAUCACAAUUUAUUUAUAAAUUACGUCUUACGCAUUGCUUUUAAUAUUUAUCGGUUCUUUGAAUAAAACCAUAUUGCUUCAAACAAAUCAUUUAUAAUUUUUCAUCAGCAUAAUUAUUGUGAUUUAAGAGCUCAAUUGUAUUCAUAUUUUUUUGAAUUUUGGUGAAGUGAGUCAGAAAUUUUGUUCCAAUUGGGUUUUUUCUAUUUUACCUAAUCGCAAACUUUGAUAAAAAGCUCCAAAAAGUUGAAUCAAUAAAUCACUUUUUGUCAGUAUUGAAAUUGUUUAAAUUUUGAAUCGGAAAAACGUUAUUCUUAAUCAAAAAUGACUAUUUUGUACGAAAAAUACAAGGUGUUUCGUAAUGAUGUUCCAAUAUUUUAAAACAUUUAAGGGGUGUUUUUAAUUAAAUUUUGUAAUUUGGGUUCUCUCUGUCGAAAUAUUUAGGUCUCAAAAUAGUGAAAGAAAAAAUAGUUUUAUUUAUUAUUUUUUUUUUUUCUUGAAAAUGGUUGGACUUAUAGAAAUUGUAAUUUUGGUACACGUUAUCCUUUAGUAGAACCCUAUUUUGUGUCUUCUUUUAGUUCAUAUUUCUAAAGGGUAGAAAUUAGCAACCUCCCUUUUCAUUUUUUCAGAACUUUUUUCUUUAAACGCCAAUUAUAACAAAACAACAUUAAUAGGUACUACAAAUAAUUUAGAAACUUUUUCACUGUUGUACUUUUUUCUUACAUUCAACAGUUUACGUACAAAACAAAAAAAAAGAAGACCCAAAUUAUAAAAUGUUGUAAGAAAACCCCCUAGAACACUUAAAAUAUUGAAACGUUAUUACGGAACACCCUGUAUAUUUCUUCUGAUUAAGUUUCUCAAUACUCAAAAUCAAUAUAUCCACGAUAAUUUUUUUUUACUAAGAUUUUUUUUUAAUAACUAGCAGAGAGCAAACAUUAAGUUUAGAAUCACAAAUAAAUCGCAUGGUGCUAAAUAUGGACUAUUAAGUGGGUGUAACAACUCAGGGAAUCUACAAUGCUUUGAACUUCGCACCUUAUAGCUCCUACAUUUGUCCUGCAAAAGCAAAUGAUGCAAUGAUUUACGCUUUAUUCAGUGAUCUGAUAUCAAUAACUUUUCAAAUUUCUUCAUGGAUUCUCUCUGUUACGUCUUAGAGAAAAUCCAAAACUUUUUUGAUUAAUUAUGUUUUUAUUUUCAAUUUCAUACAUUUUUUUAAUAAUGUUGAACAGUUUUUAUAAAUAUAAAAAGUGAUAAACAAUAAUACUAUGUAUCCUUAGAUGUUUUCCUAUAUUUGCAUUAAUUACCACUUUAAUUAAUUUAAAAUUAAUUAAAAUGAAACUGAUUUGAAAGUAAAAUAACCAUUAGUCGAAAUAAUUAUAUUUUAUCCAGAAAAAUUACUUGUUCCCGGAAAUAUAUGCUAAUUUCUAAAGUUUACCUAAAUUUUCAAAUUUCUAAUAAUAGUGAUCGAUUUUAAAGGUAAAUUUUUUUCACUAAUUGGUUUGUUUAUCCUAAUUUUUUUAAAAGUUUGUUCACAUUUUAUCACAUCAAUAUAGGGUUCCACUAAUGUUGAUUAAAUUAAGAAGAAAAAUAUAUGUAAUAUUUUAAAUCGAAUACCCUGUAUAUUUUAAUGUCAUUCAAAGAAGAGAUUCAUCUUGUUUUCAAAAAUAUAUAGUUUGAUAUUUUUUACAUUCUUAAAAAUACAGAUUAGAGUUUUCAAGUAAUACUGCAAUUUUCCUUAAUUUAACUAAUAUUAGUGGAACAAACUUUAAAAAACUUUUGGGUAAACGAAAUCAAUUAGUGAAAACCUUAUUUCUUUAGAGCAAUUAAUAAGCUUACAUUGAAAAUCAAUCAGUCUUAUUUGGUAAAUUGUGUGAAUAUGCAAUUCUAAAAGUUUAUUAAUGUAAAAUUACCUGUCACGUUACAUAAAUUGUAAUUUUAUAUAAUAGUAACAAUAUUCUUAAUGUAUCUAAAAAUAAUUGAGAUUCCUUCAUCACAAUUUGCAGGCAACUAUAAAUAUAGAAUGUGUUUAGCAGGUGUUUAGUUAGACCGUAGUCAAGUGCCAUAAAAACCAAUUACGCAGGUAGUUCUUGAUGAGGGUCCACCCUAACUGAAUAGUUUAAUAUAUUAUGUGAUUUUUUGGCACUGGACUAUUUUUUCCACCCUCAAAAAUUGUUCUCAACUUAGUUUAGUGAUUCACCAAACAACUUAAGAUUUACGCAACAGUUCUUUUAAUUGUCAAUUAGUUUUGUCAAUAUAUCUUGUAAUAGUUUAGUAACUACUUCGAUUGUUAAAUUCAAGAGUCAUCUAGAUUGUUUCCUGUAAUGUAAUGAAAAAGUUUGUGUUUUACUCUUUGAUGCGUUGAAUAAAACUAGCAAGCACUGUUAUUCAUCACACGAAUUUGAUUUUAUUUUAACGAAAGUGUUUUAUUUUGAAACUUAGACUGCUAAAUUUUUAGUAUAUAUUUUUUUGAGAUUUAAAAUUAAUUUGUUUCUUUCUAAAAAAUCCAUAUUCUUCAUUUUCAUUCCGUAUUAAAUCAUAUUUUUUUUUUACUGGAUUUUAGAUGAAAACGAAUAUAUUUAAAAAAAAACAGAAUCUCGUAUUUUUGUUAUAUUGUUAUUUGAAAAAUAAAAUUUGUUUUG